AUGGAGGUGACUUUGGCACUCAGUAAAAAACCUUCAGAUACUGCUCUCACACACACAAAUCAAUAGCAUCAGCUCAAAGAUCAUGCUCGGGGAAUCUUCGUCUGGACGGCAGCCUGUCUAUCUCAGCUGCAGGCACAACCGCUUUCCGGAGAACAAUUGCCCAGCAGUCUUGAGGAGCCGACCGUGCCAACCUCGACUGAGUGGCGGGGCACAAUCAGCCUUGCCGGCAGCCAACCAAGCCUCAUGCAGCUUCUUGAGCUGACCCGAGAGCACGAGAAACGGGUCGGCGAAUACGAGGCGAAGCAGGCCCGUUACUCAGAACUACAG